CGAGACUAUAAAUGUGGAUAAUGCAACAGUAGCGAGGCACAGCAGUGGAAACAUCGUUGUGGGUUUUUUUUGCUAACAAGCGCCAAAAUGCAACGAAUUUUGGCCAUCAUCUUCUUUCUCGCCGUCUUCCUCCACCAAUCGCAGGCGCAAUGCAAUUCCACGAAUUGCGUAGGGCCGGCCUGCAAAUGCAUGAACACGUCUCCACCAGGCGGUUUAACGAAGGCGAAUACCCCUCAAUUGGUUUUUUUGGCGUUUGAUGGGGCGAUUACGACGACGAAUUACGACAACUACACAUUUCUGUUAAAUAACACCUUAAAUCCCAACGGUUGUCCCAUUGGAAUGACUUUCUUCAUUUUCCACGAGUACAACGACUACACCCUGACCCACAGUCUCUACUUCAAAGGGAAUGAAAUUUCAACCCACAGCAUGUCCCACUUAACUCCAGCCGCAACUUGGGCUAACAAGUCAGUCGCCGAAUGGACUGAUGAAAUUAGCGGAAUCAGAGACGCUCUGUCCAAAUUUGCCAACAUUCCCAAAACUUCAAUUAGGGGUGCACGAGCGCCGUUCUUGCAGUCAAGCGGUGACGCUACUUUUACGGCCAUGAAGAAUCUUGGCAUGUUCUACGACUGUUCCUUCCCAGAAACUAGUGUUAACCGUACUAAUCCCCCUAUUUGGCCUUACACUUUGGAUCAAGGAUUUCAACACGAAUGUGCAAUCCCACCUUGUCCCAAAAGCAAAUUUCCCGGUAUUUGGACAGUUCCGAUGGUGGCUUUAAACCGAAAUGAAACCGUUUGCAGUAUGGCUGAUGCCUGUGACAAACCGAAUACCUUGGAUGAAACUUAUCAAUAUUUGAUGAGCAAUUUCGAACGCCAUUAUAAUACAAGCAAGGCUCCAUUUGGAAUCUACUUGACUGCUAACGCCUGGUUCCAGGAUGCCGAGUACCGUUUGCGGGGUUACAAGAAGUUCCUCGAUGCGUUGAGUACAAAGGAUGACGUUUACAUUGUCCCCAUUGCCAGAGGAUUGGACUGGAUGAAAAAUCCUAAGCCGUUGGCCGAAGUCCCAAACUUCUUCUCUUGUCCAACCAUGACCCAGACUCCUUGCUUGGAUUAUUCAUGCUACUAUGAAGACGAUUUCUCUCCUGUCGGCCCGCGCAAUAUGAAAAGUUGUGUCAUCUGCCCUGACGUCUAUCCAUGGACCGGGAAUCCCCUUGGCUUGCCCUAAUAUUUUUUUUUAAAUGGUGAAUAUCAUGUAUCCUUACAGUAUUUUAGAUUUAGAAUCGGCCCUCUUGGAUAAGUUAUAGGGUUUUAAUUCCCAGUUAAAACGUGCUUAUUUUCCGAUGAUUGAAACGCCUUCCGCUAUAAUCUCCAUCCCUUUAUAUGCUAUUGAUUAUAUAAGGAAUAAAAUUUUGCAUGAUUUAAAAGUGUUUUAUU